AUGGAGCUCGGCUGCUGCAUGGCAGCAAAGGCAAGCUCCUUGACGAGUUGUGGUGGCCCGUGCGAGUGGGACGGCGGCUCACUUUGCCGCUGUCUAGGAGAUGGAGCUCCUUGCGAGUUCGAUAUUACAGGCUUUUGUGGUGACGUCAGUGGCAGUGGCGGCUCGCAAGAUUGGAAAGUCGCUUCAGACUUUCUUGCGGGGACCGGCAUGGACGCGAUGGUUUGCCUCUUCCUCUUUUUCGCUGUGACCUUUACACUGGUGACCGCAGGUUUGCUGCUUUGCUUUUGCUGUUCAUGUUGUCCGCAAUAUGGCCGCAAGUCAGCCAACAAACCGAUCGGAGCAGGCACGAUUGAUGUUAAGGUUUGA